AUGGCUACUGCUCACAUAGAUAUUGCCAAGGUUGCAAAGAAGCAACAGAUGACACUAGCAAGUGCAAUGCCUGCUCAACACUCCACCCUCAAACGCCUUGCAUAUGAGGCAAUCAUGAAUAAGGAACUCACUUGGGCUUAUGAUGAUGUCAAGAAAACCAGGACCCUGAAGAUCCCCUCCUGCUCUCCCCAGAACACCGCUAACAGAAUUGGAGCACAAGUGGCUCCACACUUUUUGACUGCGGCCACAGCAAUGAUGCAGGCAAUCCAAAACUUCAAAUCUGGAGUCAAACAACAGUACCCCAGUUCAAUCACCCCUCUAGACAAUAUAUUUAGAUUUUGGAUCUUAGUUGAACAACACAUAAAUAUUGGAGUUCCAACUCCCAAAGAUUUGGGAUGUCGCCAAGACCCCCUGCGGAAGGUCCGCAAGCCGUCCACCCCCAGAGAUGGGAGUUGGACCUCCCAAACCUUCAAAAGGUUUGGGAGUUGA